UCAACUUUGAGUAGAAGAUAAGAGAUAGACUAUCCUAUUUUUCCAGCCAAAGUUCGCCAUUCACUUCCGUCUUGAAUUGCUUCUAACAUAACGCCAGUUUCCAUUAUCUAAAUCCAGUAAACAACGCAUAAAUUAAAUUUAAAAUGGCUGCUGUGCUAAAAAAUUCAUGCAAGAUGUUACGGUGGCCUCGUUUACUGACCAACUCAAACUCCCAGGAGUACAAGCAGAUUCGGCAUUUGAAUCUGCUGGAAUGUCACAGCAAGAAUUUGCUGCAAAACUUUGGUGUUUCCGUUCAGAAGUUUGAGAUUGUAGAGAACGAAGGUGACCUCAAGAAUUUGAAGACAAAAUUUAAAGUAGAUGAGUAUGUCAUUAAAGCAAUGAUUCUGGCUGGUGGAAGGGGUCUUGGACAUUUUGAUAACGGCUUCAAAGGUGGAGUACACCUAACUAAGGAUCCUGAAAAACUUGAAGGUAUUGUGUCAAAGAUGGUUGGUCAUCGACUAAUCACCAAACAAACUCCCAAAGAUGGGAUUUUGGUGAAAAAAGUUAUGGUUGCUGAAUCAGUCAAUAUCCACAGAGAAACAUAUUUUUGCAUAUUAAUGGAUAGGCAAAGCAAUGGUCCUGUAAUAGUUGCAUCUCCUGCUGGUGGAACUGAUAUUGAAAAUGUUGCUGAAAAAACUCCUGAGCUUAUUGGAAAGUAUCCAAUUGAUAUAUUUGAAGGAAUCUCCCAAGAAAAGGCAGAAGAAAUUGCUAAAUUCCUAAAAUUUGAAGGACCUUUAGUUAAAAAGGCAGCUAAAGAAAUUCUUCAACUGUGGAAAAUGUUCCUGAGCGUAGAUGCAGUCCAGGUGGAGAUAAACCCUCUGGUAGAGACAAACGAAGGAGAAGUGGUUGCUGUUGAUGCUAAAAUACAGUUUGAUGAUAACGCUGAGUUUCGCCAGAAGGAUAUUUUUGCAUUCAACGAAACCAGUGAAAUGGACCCUAGAGAAGUGGAGGCUGCGAAAUCGAACCUCAAUUACGUUGGCCUAGAUGGAAACAUAGGCUGUUUGGUAAACGGAGCUGGGCUAGCAAUGGCGACGAUGGAUAUCAUAAAACUUCAUGGUGGGGAGCCUGCUAACUUCUUGGAUGUUGGAGGUGGUGUGACUGAAAACCAAGUUCUGCAUGCUUUUAAAAUCCUAACCUCAGAUUCAAAUGUCAAAUCCAUAUUGGUCAAUGUAUUUGGUGGAAUUGUGAAUUGUGGGAUCAUUGCCAAAGGAAUUGUAAAUGCUACCAAAUCACUUCAACUGCAAGUCCCUCUAGUUGUUCGUUUAGAAGGUACUAAUGUGGAAGAAGGAAGGAAGAUAUUGAAGGAGUCUGGGCUGAAAAUUGAAUUUGCAGCAGACUUUGAGCAGGCUGCUCAAAAAGCCGUGGCUAGUCUGAGAAGAUAGCUCAAACUAAAACUUAUUGAUAGCACAAUGUCUAAUAUAAUGACUGAUAGGUGUAAGAUAUCCUCAAUACUAGGUAGUAAUAGUAUAUUUCAUCACUAAGGUUUAAAACUACUCUCUUGACAUGAGAUGACAAAGUGAAGCCCGAGUCGGGAAAUGAGUGAGGGUUGAAAAUACAUUUAGGCCUGUGUGAUGAACUAUAUUUUUUCAUACUGCACCAUUCAUUAAGCCAAUUAACCCAUAAAACAAAAUUGUUGUUAAUUGUUUACCUUUAAAAUCUUUGUUAGAGAGAUUGGCAGCCUCUUUUACCUCGCAGUUGCCUUUCCACUUGGGUCACAGAGGCCUGUGCGUGGAACGUAUCCAGCAAAGCAAGGUGUGAGCUGUUAUAGUACUAGGGUGAAGUGUACGGACCAGGGUCCGAACCCACGACAAUGCUGCCUUCCAACUCGGUCAUUGAUUUACCAAAUUAGCUUCCAAAAUGGUUUCCAUCUAAUUUCUCUGUUCAUUUUAAUUAAACACAUGUCCCCCUUAUUUAGAUAUAUAGGGUAUUACUUCGCUAUCACAAUUAAGAAUUAAAAUUAAAAUUCAGUAAUUAUUAUACCCGCAAUAAACAUAUGUUUAAGGUAAAACUUUGCUUGUGGCAAUGCACAAGAAAUCAUAAUAUUAUAAUAAUACUGAGAACUUGAUGACAAACGUACAAAAGACCGUGUUAACCUAUGAAAAAACUCAAGAAUCUCUACACUGAACUCCUACCACUCAGUGUAUAUAUACUUAUGUUAUUUUACUGUUUUAUACUACAAGUUUUAUGGUAUACAGAAUUAACUUAGGCCUACAGUGUUAAUUUACUGUGUUUUUCUAUAUACGGUAUAUACAGGGUGAGUCUUCUAAGCUGUCCUAAACGGAUUACAGACAAACGGCUAAACAUACAGUGAUGAAACAAAACUUUUCCCCACUAAUUCAUACCCAAGGAACAACGUAAAAAUAUUUUUACCAUUUUUAAAAUACAGGGUGUUCAAGAAACUGGGGGUCAUGGGUUCGAAUCUCAGAGUUUUCAAAUGUAAACAUAUGUCAUGUUAUGCAUCAUUUUAAGGCCCUAGACUAGACAAACAAUUUAGUGAAAACAGAACUCAUUUAUCUUUGUCCGUUUCAAAAUGGCGGCCAUUUUUAUAGAAAUAUUGAUACUUACAGAAUACCCUGUAUCUUGACAACCACUAAACUUAUUUUCGUUCUGUUUAAAAAUUCUAAAUCCUCGUAGGUUCACCUUUAAUUUGAUAUACAACAAGUCAACAUUUCAAAAACUAAAUAUUUUUUCUAUGAUUUUAAUUUUUUUUUAAGUUGGUAGCCUUGUAAAUGAAAAUUUUUAAAUGGCAACAUAUGGUAAAUUGUGUAUUAUUUUUAAGGUCUUGUAAAAACAAACAACUUUUAAAUUUAAACCUACCGCCUAUCUUUGGUCGUUUUCUAUUAAUUAACCAAAAACUCCAAUUGCCCAUAUAAAACCCAUAUGGGAAUAGUGAAUCUGCAUCCACUAAUCUUCAGUACUGCACCUGUAUAUUGUGUAUUUGAGUUGUGAAGUCAAUAGACAGUUCUUGAAACUUUACAUCAGUGAAUAUGUAAACAAAAAUAAUGAGUUCAUUUAUAGUUUUUGAAGGCAAUAAAUUGUUAUAAAUUUUAAUCUUAAUCUUUUUUUGGGGAGAUUAGAUUACAAUAUAUCAUUAGGAACACACACACACAAAUAGCAAUAAGUUGGAAAUAUUUCUGGUUAAGUGUAAUCACUUGUUUGUUUUGGUUGUAGAUACUAGAGUGUGGCUGAUCUUUAACCGUUACAGUUAACUAAAUUGUGCCUUUUCCCCCUGAAUUGAAGUUUUUUUUUUCAAUUUUAAAGCUAUGCUCAACUUACUCUUUAUUUUGUGUUAGUUUUUAGGACUGUUAUUUGGCCAUAGCAUUUAUUAUUAAUUUACUUGUUUUUACUCUUUUUAUUUACACAUCUAUGAAUCAAGACUGAAUUCUUUAUACUUGAAGUAUUGCGAUCUAUGUUGUACUCUAAUUUACUUCCUUUUUACAAAGAUUUUGUUACUCUUAGUGAUAAUCAAGGUUCAAAGUAUACUAUAGGCCUACUUGUUAUUUGUUGUUAGCAAAAUUGUUCUGAUAAUUUUUAUAUCAAUAAAGUUGUGUUGUUAUUAAAAA